UCAAAGUCAAACCAAACGUCAAUACAAAAUUAAAUUGAGAAAAAAAUCAUAAAAUAAGUUGUGAAUGUAAAGUUAACCUUCAGCGGUAGAUUUUUAAUCGUUGUAAUAAAUAAAGAAUACAUUAUUUAAUGUAACAUAGUUAAAAUGAGCUCCGGUUUUAUAUCAGAGUCUGAGAUACUGGAGGCGAGACGCCGGCGUCAGGAAGAAUGGGAAAAAGUGCGAACGGAUGACCAGCCAAAAGAGGCUCCGGAAGAGUCAUACGACACUCGACCGCUGUUCCAGCGUCUUGAAGAGCAGAGGUUGAAGAAGGAUGCAGAAUAUGAGGAGGCACACAAGCUUAAGAAUAUGAUCAGAGGUCUGGAUGAUGAUGAAGUUGGUUUCUUGGAUCUGGUUGAACGCACCAAAGCUGAAGUGGCUCAGCAGAUUAGUAUUGAAGAGAAGAAAGAAAUGCAAGAAUUCAGAGAAAGAGUAUCGAGCUUGGCAGAGAGUGAAGAGUUGACCCGCCUUCGGGCGCAGUUAGCACCUGCGAGGUCCACACCUACCACAGCACAGUCACAGAAGAACAAACUGCAGGGGGUAGUUGUAAGGAAAAGGAAAGCCAGUGAAAUGGAAGGCGAGAAGCUAGAUAAGGAGAAGAGCCCAUCCCCACCAAAAAAUGGCAUCGUUUACAAUAACAGUGACCAGAACAGUGCGGUUCCCGGGGAGACGUUGGGAGCGUUGCGCUGCGUGGGCGUGCUGCCCGGCCUGGGGCACUACGACACGGACACGUCCAGCGACACCGACGACUCUAGCGACAUUGAUUCCGUGAGUGUAUAGUGACAAGUGCUGCGUCAAAAGGGACCUCUUAGGCCGUAGGCCCGAACAAACUGCCGAAGGGAAACGGAAAGAUGAGGACAAAAGCUAGAUUUCGUAAUUUCUAAAACAUUUUAUGUAAUAACGAGUUUUCAAUUAAAAAAAAACCCUUUGCGUGCGUUUAAUAAUAUACAAUCAUCGACCCAUCGAUAUAAUACGGGAGAAUAUAAUUUUUGUAUUAUGAAUGCAUUAUAAUAUUUAAAAUCGUUUCUAAGCUUUUAAAUAGCAAUUAUUGUUGGUGUAUGUAUUUGUGUAUACAUAUAUAAACUUGAGAAAUAUAAUAAUUUACUCUAUAUUUUCUAUCUAUACCUUUAACCCUGCUACAGACCUGCAGUUUUAACUGAACAGUCAAACUGUUCAGUUAAAUUGUCUGUAUGUAGUGACUUGUCAGUCUUAUCUUAUGUUUUUAUUAAAAUUUCGGUGAGAUAAAAUUGUACAUUUUAAACUAUAGUCUGUGCAAGUUCGUUGAUGACAUUCCCAUGAUAUGCGGGCGACGGGGGGAAAGACUGCGCGGGUGUGAAAUCGUGCGUGCAUGGAAGUGAGGUGCGUUAGUCGUGGGUUUUUCAUUCAUCGCUACACGCCCCCCGGCCCGCUCCCGCAUCGGGAGUGUUACAAACGAAGUUGCCAAGCUAUAGUACCGCCCCGUAUAUUUAAUAUAUCCAAUUUGAAAUUUAAUUACAUAAAUUAAGGCAUAAGUACAAUUUAUUAUUGUGUUAGUAAAUAAUCAUCAAUAUCAUGAAACAUAAUAUUAUAAUUACCAGCAAUAGCAAUUGGAUGGCAGUUAAAUAUUUUUCUAAAUAAUCAUAUGUUUAUAUGUAAUUUAAAAUUGAAUAUUAAUGAAAUAUAAUAUCCAGUUUUUUUUGUAAUAUUAAUUCAUUAUUUUUUAUAAUUAUUCAUUGUAUGUUAAAAAUAUAUCAACAUUAUAUAAUAGAAUAGCAUCGUUGGCUAUUUACGAUAGUCUACUUUUACCUUACCUGUACGGUGGCAAAAUGCCACAGGCCCAAAGUCCAGUUGGCCCUGGCCCAAAGGAUUCAAGGCCAAAAGUAAUUUAAAAAAAGAAAAUACAAUAUGACCAUUUCUCUAGGGCCUUUCCAACGAAUUUGCUAUGGGCCUCAGAUGGUACAGUUACGCCACUACAGUUCGUUUCAUGCAGCAUGGUGCGGGUGACAGUUUCAAUCUUGAAAAUUUGCCGCGACUGUUACCGUACCUAUGCUAUCUGAAAAACCCUUUAAUAUUUUCUCUUGAUGUGUUAUGAGUAAUAUGAAAUGUGAUUUUAAUUAGAUGUAAGCACGUCUGUUUUUGUAGACCUAGUUUCAACUAGUAUUGUAAAGGCACCUUUUUACUGUUUAACAAAAUAUGUUUUUCAACACAGUUUCAAAAACUGCGUUUCAGAACAUUGUUUCUCAGUUUAAAAGUGCCUUAAAUACUUAUUACAAACGCAGAUACUCUUGUAUUGAGCAGUGGGCCUAAGAUAUGUGUCAUUAUUGUCAAGAGGCAAUUGUCUGUUAUAGUCAUCAAUUGUUCGUUGAUAAAACUCCCAUGAUAUGCGGGCGACGGGCGGAAAGACAGCGCGGGUGAAAUCGUUGGGAAGUCACGUACACCAGUCGUGAACCUUUCAUUCAUCGCUACACGCCUCUCGCCCCGCGCGCAACAUCGGGAGUGUUACGAUCGAAGUUGUCAAGCUAUAGUCUACAUAUCGAUCUCUCUUUCGUCCCAUCGCAACGAAAGAGAUAGCAAUAUUUAUGAAAAUUUGUCUCUUGAUUUAGACUAACUUAUCUUUUUAUCUCGUGGCGCCUAACUUAGGCCCCUGUAGGCUUACAAUACAUCUUAGAGAUACACAUAUGUGGACCAAUAGCGGCGCAUUCAAAAUAUCGGUCUUUCGUCGCGUUGGGACGAAGGAGAAGGAUAUUUCAAUUCUUCCGCUAUUCGUCGACAUUUGUCUUUAUUUCUGCAUGAGAUAUGUCAUUCAAAAUAGGUACCUACUACAUUAUACUGCUUUUUUUCUGUAAACGGUGGUUUGCUGUUAAAAUUUAAAAGUGAUGUCUGCAUAAGUUUUAUGAAUAUAAUGACGUUCAUUAUA